UCUCCUAACUCCUGAACUGAAAACCCCCCAAACCCAUCUCCGUAUCCACCGUUCUCUCCUCCGCCGGCCGCCACAUCAAAGUCCUCAUUUUCCUCUAUUGAAAGUUUGGAUCAGGAGAAGGAUGUCGUUCAUGAAAGGUGAUUUGCUGAGUAGAACGAGAAAGCUUGUCAAAGGCUUCGCCAAGGCCGAGCCUGUCUGGCUCAAGGCUAUGGAACAGGCUCCACCGGCAACAUUCCCUCGUGCCGAAAAGAAACUGAAACCCGUCAGUUUACCAGAGGAUGUCUAUAUCAAGAAGUUCUUCCAGAAGCAUCCAGAAUCUAAACACGAGGAUGCUAUUAAGAUUUCCGGAUUUGAUCCUCCUCCAGCCCGUAUAUUUGGGGGGCGAGUGCUCGAUUUAAAGGAGCAGGGGGUCAGUGAAGAGGAAGCAAUGGCUGUUGCUGAUAUGGAGUAUCGAGCAGAGAGAAAAGCAAAAAAGAAAGCAUAUUCUCGACUUAAGCAGAUUGCACGACUUCAAGGGAAGAAACCACCUCCUAAUCCAUAUCCAAGUGCUAUCAAGGAGAUACAAGCUGAAGAAAGAAAGUUUGUGCACGAUCGUUUCUAUAACCGAGAUAUUCUUAAAGUUGUGGAGAAACUGAAAGAGGAGAGGCAAGCGGAGUUGCAAGAUAGAAGAGGUGGAGGUGGCUGGUAAAAGCACAUGGUCUUGCUCAGUUGUUCUAAUAGGUUUCCUUUUCACUCUUUUGAUGAUUCAAUUGUCUAUCCUGAAAUAUUUAACCCUCUGUCCAAGUGAUUAUACUUGAUAAAUUUAUGAUAUCAUUUCAUCAUGGGUUACAAAGAAAACAUUUAAUUUCUUGUUUA